AUGGAAGUUGGCGUGGAUACUGAUUACUGCCUUGUUGAAACUGAUUCAUCUGGUGGAAAAUCUACUGCUACUGCUCAUCCCGAGAUUAAACGCGUUGGUAUCGAUGUUAAUACAAAGAUUGGUAUCAAUACUAUUACACCUUCUUCUGCUGCUACUGCUACUUGUAUUGCUCAAACUGAAAACAAAGGCUUUGGUGCUCAAACGGUCAAGAAUCUCAAUGCUGAAUUACCCUUCUCUGCCUCUGCUACAAACCCUGAUUCUCCUAAAACUGCUGCCAGAGCCUAUGAUGCUAAUGUUGGUGUCAAAUUUGCCAUUAAUUCAACUGCCUUUGGCCUGAUUUAA